CUUUUCUGUCCUCUGUCAGUCAUUCAGCCCGAGCUGCUCCAGGAGACGGUGCCCGCUGACAGAGCUGAGAGAAAGCGAGAGACUGCAUCAUGGAUGUUCUUAUACCCUCCAUGCUAGGGGAGGAUCCACACCUAAUGGCUGAACCGGCGGUUCAGAUCUUCGAACAGCCCAAGCAGAGGGGAAUGCGCUUCAGGUACAAGUGUGAGGGUCGCUCGGCCGGAAGCAUCCCCGGUGAGAAGAGCUCCGACAACAACAGGACGUACCCCAGCCUGCAGAUCCUGAAUUACUGCGGUAAAGGGAAGGUGCGUGUUUAUCUGGUGACUAAGAAUGAACCGUAUCGGCCGCAUCCACACGACCUGGUGGGGAAGGACUGCAAAGACGGAUUCUACGAGGCUGAGUUUGGUCCAGACCGCAGAGUGAUUGCUUUCCAGAAUCUGGGUAUCCAGUGCGUGAGGAGGAGGGAAGUGAAAGAUGCGAUUCUUCAGAGGAUCACCAGAGGGAUCAACCCAUUCAAUGUGCCACGUGAGCAGCUGCAGCAGACGGAGGAAUACGACUUGAACGUGGUUCGUCUGUGCAUCCAGGUUUUCCUGCAAGACGAAAACGGCCACUACACCCGAGCACUCAGGCCCAUCGUCACCAACCCCAUCUACGACAACAGGGCCCCAAACACAGCAGAGCUGAGGAUCUGUCGGGUCAACAGGAACAGUGGAAGUGUUAAAGGAGGAGAUGAGAUCUUCUUACUUUGUGACAAAGUGCAAAAAGAUGACAUUGAGGUACGCUUCUUCUCCUCCGACGGCUGGGAGGCCAAAGGCUCCUUUUCUCAGGCUGAUGUUCAUCGCCAAGUGGCCAUUGUUUUCAAAACACCGUCCUACUACAACACCUCCAUUACAGAGUCCAUCACUGUGCACAUGCAGUUGCGACGACCCUCCGAUCAAGAAGUCAGUGAACCAAUGGAUUUCAGAUAUCUGCCCGACGACAAAGAUCCUUAUGGCUACAAUGAAAAAAAGCGAAGAAGAGAACACUUGAUGAAGAUGUCAGGAUUGUCAGGUGCUCCUUUUGCUGGUUUAGCUAUGAGUAGGCCAAAGGCGGUGUCACAGAGUACCAUGGGUCACAUGCGGAAAGACCUGACGAACAUGUACCUGAGGCAGAACACACCUAUGAUGCAACAACAGUCUGUCUUCAACCAGCCAUACCAACCCAACCCUCAAAAUGUAAUGAUGACAUCUCCGGCUCCUAAUCUACAAAUCAACCGUUCAUGGGUAAAUCCCAAUCCAGUACUCUCUGUGGACACAGUGACCGUCAACCCAUCUGCUGGCAUCAGCGCUCUACCACGUCCUAAUAACAGCAGGCUACAGCAGCAAAACCGCGGGUCUGGUUACUCCAACAGAAGGCACGGCAGCUGUGAGAACAACACCCUCCCUCAGCUCUCCAUACGGGACUUGCAGUGCUUGGACACAGUUCCUCAGGUCCAAGCAAUGAACCAGACGGAGACUCAGCCACCCUUCCAACCACAGCAUCAAAGGGAGGAGCUUGCACCUGAGACUCAGGCUCAGAACCCUAUGGGCAACCAGGGCCAUGGCCUCCAGACUAUGUGGUCUGGUUUCAAUACCCUCAAUGCAGGCCAGAACACCUUUAAUGGAUCAGUUGGAGGUGGACAGGCGUCACAGGGACUUGGCUCAUACCCCUUCCUAGAGGGAAUCGAAGGAGAUGAUUUUCUGAAGGGCCUUGUAGGAGUGGGUACUCAGACCAGCUGUCAGCUAAAGCAGGAGCCCCAGAUCACAGUGGGGCAAGAGAGCCAUGCUUCUCUCAUGCAUUCCCCAAGGGAAAGCCAGGGGAAUACUUACAUCAACCUGCUUCCUCGUCCUAUGAGCAAUGGUGCCAACAUGGAUCCAAUGAGACAUGACGGUGUUGGCAUCACUCAGCCUCUUACAAAUCUGCAGAAUCGUUACGGAAACAGCAGCAUGGUCUCAGAAAGUCACUUUCCAAGUGUGGCUGACUGGCUGAAAGCACCUCGGCAAAAUGAGUAAAAGAGUGACAUUUUUGAUAUCGAAAAACAAGCAAAAGCAGCUUCACGGUGAACACUGAUCUUGUUUAGUCUUGAAAAGUCAGGAAUUUUUUUUCACCCGUACUGGCUCAGUAAGGCUUAAUAGGUGUUUGCUUGAGGAAUUUCCUCAGUGGACAUCAGACCAAAUUAUUGGCAGCCAGCUGGAUCCAUCGCCAGAUGAAGGCUUUGUUUCAGACAGUGAACUGAUUGACUAGUUUCCUGUUUAGCAAAGACCUCACCAGAAACACUUCCUACUUCUGUAUGGCCAAACAUGUUACUUGGUAGGUUGUCUCCUGACUGAUCAGUAGAACUGAGCUCACAUGAGUCCAGUUGGUUUCAGCAAUACUAAGACUUGUAUGGCUGAACUAUGCCUUAGGUUGUAAUUAUGACCUUACCACAGGCUAAUGGCUUCCAAACCAAAAGGAUGCCUUUGAAGAAGUGAAUGUACUACUUUCUUUCUUUGUCUUUGUCAGGUGAUGUUGGAUUCACUGUCAGCAUACUGUGUAAUAAAUCUUUGUUGGUGCGGUGGUUUGCUCUUAAGAAAAAAAAGGAGGUUGACAGAUUUUUUUUAAAAGUAAAGCAGAAGAAAUUGCUUAUUGCCAUGGAUUUACUUUUUAUUUUUUAUUUCUUUGUAAAAUUUGUCAGUUUGAUUUUUUUUUUUUUUUACCAGAGCAUUUGCUUUAAAGUGCGCUCUGUACAUACAUGUUAGCCGUAGUUGAGAGUGACAGCAGUAACCAUGCUGAAACACUCAAGAACUGGCAAGGUACUGAAAUUUCCAUUGAGGAAGUGGGAGGACGCACAUUCAGUGGUGUUUCUCCUUUGUAAUGACUAUGUCAUACCAGCGAUCACAUGUUAUUCAGAGUUCUCAGAGCAUUUCUAGCAGAUGUUUUAUACGUAGAUACAGACAUCAGAUACAGAUGUCAAUUUUAAUGUUUUAUUCAUUUAACUGAUGCUCUUAGGGAUAGUUACCAAAAGCUUCUUGCUCAAGGACUGAUGGCACAUGGCUGAUAAUGGACAAACAUUGAUUUCUGUCAGACAACUUUAGCACCUCUGGCCUCACUCAGCCUAAAAUGUUUUCUUAAUUUUAUGCCUUCUAGAGGCUUUUUUUCUUGAAUGAAAGUAUAUAUUUUGAUGACUACUUUGUAAGAUUUGAUAUUUUUCUCUUUUUUCUACAAGAUCAGCAAUAAACAGUCUGUUUCUA